AUGGCGGACGAUGCUGCGCUCGUCGAAGCCGAAGAACUUCCCGAUACAUCUUACGAUCUUAGAGAACAAAUUAACAACGACUCACUUCACAAGGAACUUCAAAGACCAUCUUCAUUGAAUCUAGAAAAUAACGCUGAUAUUAUAUCYCCAAGCUCUGAAAACAUCAGAGAUUUGAUCGUAGCAGUCUUCGUAGUGCAUUUCGAUACACGAAAAGGAAAUAUAAUUGAAUGGAAGUACCCAAGAGAUAUAGACCUCAGUGAGGUUGAAUUCAAGGCUUUAGCAAGUGGAUCUCAUACUAUUAUGCAAGAUUUUGUAUAUUUYAAAACAAAUGAUAAUCUAUUUGGCUUGAGCUGCUUUGAAAGGAUUACUGUUGACAGUGUAGAAGAGCGAGGAUCRCGAAUGAAGUCUGUAGGAAUCAUAUGUGCAAGAUACACUUCACUUCAUGAACACUUACCUUUCCUUGAAGAUGAAGUAACAAAACAACUUGACAAUCCUGGUCAUUAUGAGGACCUACGKAAUUACUAUGACAGCUUCAAGCACUGUAUCGUUAGGAAUAACUUUGUGGCAUCACCUCCUCCUGAGCACUUACCAGGACUUGAAGAAAUCCCAGUCUUAAAGAUUACYCAUCCAGCUGGAUGUUUUCCUCAAUUUAUUAACUUUUUUGGAGAGAAAAUGUUUAUCCUUUGGAAGUUUGUUUUACUGCAAAAAAGAAUAUUAUUCUUCUCCCCUCCCCCUGUUGGGGUAGCUUGUUAUAGAGUUUACUGUGCAUGUCUGUUGGCAAGUCAUGGGAUUCCAUUUGGAUUUGAAACGGGAAGCAAUCCACUGUUCUUUACAAAUGUGUGYGAUCUUGACACUUUACAGAAUGAACACAAAUAUAUUGCAUGUACAACUGAGAAGAUAUUUGAAAUGAAAGAUGACGUGUGGGAUGUUUAUAUYGAUAAUCAAAAUAUUCGUGCUAAAGGACAUUUAAACAGCUUGGUGCAUCCRAAUUAUGCUGACAGAGAAAGGUUUGAAACACUGGACAUAUACAGGAGAGAUCAACUUAUUAAUGGAGGAGAAGUUAUGGAUGAUGAAAAGAUGUACACAAAAUAUUUUGUUCAUUUAAACAACACCUUAUUCCAGUCUCUAUUCGAAGUCGCCUCAACGCCUGAUCGUAUACUCACAUCAGAAGUCAUUAGAAGGAUAGGAUUGGAUCCAAAAAGUGACCUUGGCUUCUUAAAUGACUUAACAGAACUUUAUGGCAUAAACGUUCAAAUACCAGUUCCAACGUGUUGUCCAUUUUACGAAGCGCAAUAUCAAUGACGUCAUCGCGAGUGACAGCUGUCAAUUAUCAUAUAAAUAGGACGAAUCCUGUAAAUUGGAAUGAUGGAAAAGUGAGAUGAUGCAGUGCGUAACGUAAAGCGAAAUGAAUUCUCAACAGCAAGCCACUGAAGUUCAACCAAUGAAACAAGUGGAAAAAUUGAUUAACAUAUUACACAACUUUUAGCCAAUAACUUGUCUUUGGUAGCGAGAUGUUGGCUAGACAAAAUCCGUCGGAUUCACAUGUACAGUACRGUACGUUGUUGGAUUUAUGUACAACAUGUACGUUGUUGCAGAACACUUCUUCGURGACGCUUCAAUCAUAGUUAAUAUGCUUCAAUACACUACAUAAACGCUAGUAUAAUCACAAGCUGAGAAACGCUAGACGAAUUCUGCGUUAUAUAGUCUAUUUAACCAACCAUCUGUUCUAUGGAUAGGUUUUCCUGCGCCUAUAAAUUUACUACAGAAUAUGGCUCAGUCAACUUUAAACAAAUCUGGAAUAGGUACAUAUGUUAAUUUAGGGUAAAAUUACAAAAUUAGUGGAGAUCAAGUAGCCCCUAUACACGGAAUCUGCAAUCCAAAUAAGUUUUGUCUCUGGAAUCGAGACACUUGGGUUCCAAAAUCCGCGGAAAUGGAAACGGACUCUAUAAAACGAGGAAUCUGGAAUCGAAAUAAGUGCUUCAAAUGUUUCGUUAUUGCAAACGAGUCACUGACGAGAGAAGAUAAAGCUUGGAUACUUUGUAUUCUGAUUCAAUAUGGUGGAAUCCAGAAUCCUUACGAAAUAUAUCUUAGAUCCGGACUGAUUUUUGUAACGCUCCGGAUUCCGUGCCAUGGAGAGAUCAAAGGCACAAAUACCUUAACUUGUUUAAUACAAGUGUGGUCGCCAUCUUGAAUUACAAACUUUUGACAAUAUUAUGUAGUUGUAUGGGAUAUUGCGAUAAAGAAUGCUUUAGAAUUUGGAUUUAUUCUUUCAAGAUAUCAGAAURAAUUGGCUACAAGUUAUUGUUCAACGAUGCCAACCUGGUUAGUGCCUCGUUAGCUUCUUUAAGAUUACAAAACGAAAAAAGUUUGAUGAAAAGAUGGGGGCAGUAAUAGUAGUCGAGAAUGCUUCCAUUCAACUAUAUCAAAUACUUUUUUUAUAUAGACUAUAUUAUUUGGAGAAAAGUUUGAAGGAAGAUUAAUCUGCCUGCAUGCUGAAUUCAUCGUAUUGAGCAGAGAAAUGUUUAAAACCUUAUUGUUUUAACGUAACAGGUCCUUCACAAACGAAUUUUUUUCUCGGCGUUUAAUAAAAAAUUUGAAAAUUGUAAAUAAAGUAAAAUAAUAUAGAAAGGGGGAAAUAUACCAGUUAUUCAACUGAAAUAGCUUCAUUAAAAUGAGCUGGAAUAAUAUAAAAUGUAAAUUAUCUGAAUUUGUACCAAAUUGGUUUUACAAAUGUUACUCUGUAGCAUGUAUUUUUUGUUCAGUAAAUAAAAUUGCUUUGAUUUGAA